CCGGCGCGGCCGGGGAGGAGGGGCGGGGCCCGGGCCGGCGUCUCGCCUUCCAACUGCAGCUGGCGGCGGCGCCAUUUUGAACGUGCGGCUUCCGCGGGCGUGAGUCACCGGAGGUCGUCUUGGGCCUCUCCUCGCUCGCGUGCUCAGCUCUAUGUAGAGUCGUCCACGCCCCGAGAGCGAGGUCCGCCACCGGUAUCUGGGGCGAACGCAUUAAGAUGAUGUUAAGGGGAAACCUGAAGCAAGUGCGCAUUGAGAAGAACCCUGCUCGCCUUCGCGCCCUCGAGUCGGCGGCGGGAGAGACGGAGCCCGCGGCUGCCAUGGCGCUGUCGCUGGCCGGGGAGCCGGCGUCGGCCUCCGCCGCGGCCGCCGACGACCACCCCGAGGAGGAGGUGGGCUUCACCAUCGACAUCAAGAGUUUCCUCAAGCCGGGCGAGAAGACGUACACGCAGCGCUGUCGCCUGUUCGUGGGCAACCUGCCCACCGACAUCACGGAGGAGGACUUCAAGCGUCUCUUCGAGCGCUAUGGCGAGCCCAGCGAGGUCUUCAUCAACCGCGACCGCGGCUUCGGCUUCAUCCGCCUGGAAUCCAGAACACUGGCUGAAAUUGCCAAAGCAGAGCUGGAUGGCACCAUUUUGAAGAGCCGGCCUCUCCGAAUUCGGUUUGCUACACACGGAGCAGCCCUGACUGUCAAGAACCUUUCCCCAGUUGUUUCCAACGAGCUUCUUGAACAAGCAUUUUCCCAGUUUGGUCCAGUAGAGAAAGCUGUUGUGGUCGUGGACGACCGUGGAAGAGCUACUGGAAAAGGUUUUGUAGAAUUUGCCGCAAAACCGCCUGCACGAAAGGCUCUGGAGAGAUGUGGAGAUGGGGCCUUCCUGCUGACCACGACCCCUCGCCCAGUCAUCGUAGAGCCUAUGGAGCAGUUUGAUGAUGAAGAUGGCUUGCCAGAGAAGCUAAUGCAGAAAACUCAACAAUAUCAUAAGGAAAGAGAACAGCCACCACGUUUUGCUCAGCCUGGAACGUUUGAGUUUGAAUAUGCUUCCCGAUGGAAGGCCCUGGAUGAAAUGGAGAAGCAGCAGCGUGAGCAGGUGGACAGAAACAUCCGCGAAGCCAAGGAGAAACUAGAGGCAGAGAUGGAAGCAGCUCGGCAUGAGCACCAGCUGAUGCUGAUGAGGCAAGAUCUGAUGAGACGUCAAGAAGAACUUAGGCGCCUGGAAGAACUUAGAAACCAAGAGCUGCAAAAACGGAAACAGAUACAGUUGAGGCAUGAAGAGGAGCACCGUCGUCGGGAGGAGGAAAUGAUCCGCCACAGAGAGCAGGAGGAGCUGAGACGGCAGCAAGAGGGGUUUAAACCCACCUACAUGGAAAAUAGAGAACAGGAAAUGAGAAUGGGUGAUAUGGGUCCCCGUGGAGCAAUAAACAUGGGAGAUGCGUUUAGCCCAGCACCUGCUGGUAACCAAGGUCCUCCUCCAAUGAUGGGUAUGAAUAUGAACAACAGAGGAACGAUACCUGGCCCCCCGAUGGGUCCUGGUCCUGCCAUGGGACCAGAAGGAGCUACAAAUAUGGGAACUCCAAUGAUGCCAGAUAAUGGAGCAGUGCACAAUGAUAGAUUCCCCCAAGGGCCACCAUCUCAGAUGGGUUCACCUAUGGGGAGUAGAACAGGCUCUGAAACUCCUCAGGCACCACUCAGUGGUGUAGGUCCUGUGAGUGGUGGUCCCGGUGGCUUUGGUAGAGGAAGUCAAGGGGCCAACUUUGAAGGCCCCAAUAAGCGUCGUAGAUACUAAGCAUUCUCUCGUCCCUGGCUGUAUUGGAAAAGCAAUCCAGUGGUAUACCUUUACACCUUUACCUGUUACCUGGAAGAAAUGGUUUUAUUGUAAAAGUUAGUAGGCUUAACAUUUUUGUUUUGUUUUGUAAAACUUGAGGUUUUUGUACUUUUCUUUAUUCAUAUGCUUUGUAGAAAAAUGGAAAUGAUGAUGCGCAUCAUUGUGAAUGUUCAAAAUGUGUUUGUGACU